AAGAGUACAAAAACCACCAGUUAAUAUGGUUAAGGAGCGAAAUAUACAAAACCAUUUUGUUGACAUCCAUGAAGCAGUUCCUGAAGAAGAGGAAGAAGAAGAAGAACACGAGGUGGAAAAGAAACAACAAGCUAAUCAUCACAACUACAAAAUGUCACGCCCACAUGUGACGAAUUUUCGACAAGGCAAAAGAAAUGCUAGUUUCAGCAGGCAGGUCUCAUUAGAAACCGGCGUCUCAAAGCUUAACAAAGCACAAAAUAAUGAGAUCAAAACGCUUCCAAGAAGCGGCAAUAGUUUUGGUGGUUUUUCUUCGUCUCACGGGGUGGAGAUAAAUGGCAAGAAAGGUGAUUUUAAUAUGUUUAGAACCAAAUCCACACUUGGAAAACAAAACUCUUUCAUGUUGCCAUUGAGAAAAGAAAGUGGGGUUGAUAAGGGUGAGGAAGGUGUUGGGCUUCUUGAUGAAUCUGUUAAUAAGAGUGUUCCUGCUGGUAGGUAUUUUGCUGCUCUUACCGGACCGGAGCUUGAUCAAGUCAAGGAUACUGAAGACAUUCUUCUACCUAAAGACGAAACAUGGCCGUUUCUUCUUCGGUUCCCGAUUGGUUGUUUCGGGAUGUGCCUUGGGUUGAGCAGCCAAGCAAUACUAUGGCACAAUCUGGCCAUUAGUCCAGCCACCAAGUUCUUACACAUCCCACCUUACAUCAACCUUGUUCUUUGGAUCUUAGCACUAAUGGUACUAGUGUGUGUCACCAUUACUUACCUACUGAAAUGCAUCUUCUAUUUCGAGGCAAUCCGAAGAGAAUACUUCCACCCUGUGCGAAUCAACUUCUUUUUCGCACCAUGGGUGGUAUGCAUGUUCUUGGUCAUAGGGGCUCCGCCUAUGCUAGCCGAAAAGCCUCUUCACCCAGCGCUAUGGUGCGCUUUCAUGACUCCGUAUUUCCUUCUGGAACUGAAAAUCUAUGGGCAGUGGUUAUCUGGAGGGAAGAGAAGGCUUUCCAAAGUGGCUAACCCCUCUUCUCACUUGUCAAUUGUGGGGAACUUUGUUGGGGCGCUUUUGGCUGCGAAAGUUGGAUGGAAGGAAGCGGGGAAGUUUCUUUGGGCGGUUGGGUUUGCGCAUUAUCUUGUGUUGUUUGUGACUUUGUAUCAGAGACUGCCGACUAGUGUAGCGUUGCCUAAAGAGCUACACCCUGUUUAUUCAAUGUUUAUUGCUGCUCCGUCUUCUGCUAGUCUCGCUUGGGAGGCUAUCUAUGGCGAAUUUGAUGGCUCUGCAAGGACUUGCUACUUCAUUGCACUCUUCCUCUAUAUAUUACUUGUUGUGCGCCUCAAUUUCUUCAUAGGAUUCAAGUUCUCAGUCGCAUGGUGGUCUUACACCUUCUCAAUGACUACGAUUUCAGUAACAGCAAUCAAGUAUGCAGAAUAUAGGCCGGGGGUUAUAAGCAAGGGCAUCGCGCUGACUCUGUCAUUCCUCUCGUCAACCAUGGUGUUUGUGUUAUUCGUGUCUACCCUGCUCCACGCCUUUGUAUGGCAGACGCUGUUCCCUAACGAUCUGGCUAUCGCAAUCACUACCAUAAGACACACGAGAGGGAAAAAGCCUAUGAAUCUCAAGCGUUGGGCAAAACAAUCGUUGGUGUCUAUUAGAAAGAGCGAUAAGCAGGCACCGGAGAAUCAGUAGUUCAAAUUUACCAACAUAUAUAUUACAAGCAACUAAGAGCAUUAUUUGUGAGGUUGAAACUGAUAAUAAUCAAAACUCAUCAUUGUGAAAUAUUUGAUACCCAUAAGUUAGAGAUUUUCUAGUA